AUUCCUCAAUAUUUCUCAUUUCCGCCCCACGCUUCCGUCGCCGAACCAAAACUCCUCUCUCGUCCAUCCUCCUCCUCACCACGUCCACGCAGGCCCUACCUCCUCCUCUCGCCGCCGCCGCCACUGCCGGCCCCGGAGCCGGCGCGACGUCGCCCCCGGCCAUGGUGAUCUCGGCGGAGCCGCCGGCCCCGCCGCUGCCCGCCUCGGAUCCCGCCGCCGCGGCAGAGGGCGGCGCCGACGCGGCAGAGGGAGCCGCGGAGGCGGCGUCGGACACGACGACCUCGAGCGCGCGGCGCGGGGCGCUGUCGUCGUUCCCGUCGUCGACGCUCAAGACGUGGGGCAGCCACCGCGUGCUGCGGUGCGCGGCCGUCAACCGCGCGGGCGACGCCAUCGCCCCGGCCGCCAGCAGGCGCUCGUCCUCGCAGCAGCUGGACGAGGUCAGGGAGGACCUCCUGCUCGGCCUCCGCGAGGUGGCGGCGGCGGGGGCGCCCCCGCCCACCGGUGGCACUGGCGCGGCGGCGGAGGAGGAGAAGGAGCAGUCCCCGGAGGAGGCUACCCCGCGCCCUCGGCCGCGGCGCGCCCGAGGAAGACGCCGCCCCGCCACGUCCCCCUCCACGGCGGCCGCUGCGACCGUGUCGCCGUCGCCGUCCCAGCGGAGAUUGGUCCGCGCCGACGCGCUCGACAGGCCGCGGUUCUCGGCCACGCUCUCCGCCGACGAGAUCGAGGAGGACGUGUACGCGCUCACCGGCGCCCGCCCGCGCCGCCGCCCCCGCCGCCGGCCCCACGCCGUGCAGAGGCAGCUCGAUAUGCUACUCCCCGGCGCGUGGCUCUCGGAGAUCACCGCGGAGUCCUACCGGGUGCCGGACGAUCGCUGACCUUCAACCAGCGUCCAGCCGCCGACCAGCAAUGCAAAUUCGCCCAUCGCAAUUCACAAUCCUCCGUCGCUGCCACCGUGAGCUCAUAUUCCAUCGAUUAAUUGAUCCAUUGAUCAAACAUAGUUGGUAUUAUCAUUAGUACUAGUAAACCAGUAGUAGUAAGCAGCAAGUGAUCUUUAACUAGUUAGCGUAUCAGUGAGGAGUACUCUGUUGUGGUUCUUGUUCAGUAUGACCAGCAAUGUUGGUACCCGUAAGUGCAUUGUCCUUUGAUGAUGGUCCAGUUAGUUGUACAUUGGUUAAGGUCGAUCUCCUUGCUGUAAAUUUCAAUGCUGCCCGCUUCCAUAUGCACCUGCA